AUGCGGGGAGAUCUUGGCACGCAUACCCGGGGUGGCCGAACGAACCCCUACUUCACCCCCUCCCACCUGGCCUGGCAAGCCGCCAUCCGGCCCUUCAUCCAAACCCAUCUCCACGCCCACGCCAUCGACCACGAAACCGCCGGCACCCUCCCCCCCACCAUCUUCCGCACCUUCGCCCAGUCCCACAUGCUCCUCCCGGCCCUCCCCGCCCCGCUCCCCGUCUCCUGGCUCAAACGCCUCGGCAUCCACACCCUCCUGGGCGGCCUGAAGGUGGAGGAGUUUGACGCGCUGCAUGGGUAUAUCUACGCGGAUGAGAUGGUGCGCAGCGGGCUGGCGGGGCCCGGGGCGAGUCUGACGACGGGGAUGGCGUUUGGGGUGCCGUUGAUUGUGCGGUUUGGGGGGGAGGGGUUGAAGGAGAGGGUUCUGCCGGGGUUGUUGAGGGGGGAAAAGAGGUGCUGUAUUGCGAUUACGGAGCCCGAUGCGGGGAGUGAUGUGGCCGGGGUGGGGACGACGGCGGUCAGGAGUGGGUGUGGGAGGUGGUGGGUGGUUAAUGGGGUGAAGAAGUGGAUCACCAACGGCAUCUGGUCCGACUACGCGUCCAUGGCGGUGCGCACCGGCCCGCCCGGCAGCGGCGCCAAGGGCAUCUCCCUGCUGGUCGUCCCGCUCAAGGACACGCCUGGGGUAACCAUGCGGCGGCUCAGAGUCUCGGGUACCGCCUCCUCCGGCACGACUUAUAUCGAGCUCGACGACGUGCGCGUGCCCAUCGACAACCUGCUCGGCGAGGAGAACCAAGGGAUGCGCUACAUCAUGACCAACUUCAACCACGAGCGCCUGGCCGUGGCCACGGGCGCGACCCGCCAGGCCCGUGUUGCGCUGACGGCGGCCUUUGAGUACGUUCUCAAGCGCGAGGCGUUCGGUAAGCCGCUGGUUGAGCAGCCCGUUGUUCGCCAUCGGCUGGCCAAGGCGGGCGCCCUGCUCGAGAGCCAGACAGCGUGGGUCGAGCAGUUCGCCUUUAUGAUGACCAAGAUGCCGCACGAACAAGCCGAUGUUUUGUUGGGUGGCCCCACGGCGCUGCUGAAGGCGAAUGCGGGGAUGGUGUUCAAGGAGUGCGCCGAUACGGCCGUGUUGCUGUUUGGGGGGAAUGGAUACACCAAGACCGGACAGGGCCAGCUGGUGGAGAUGCUGUACCGGGAAGUCAUGGGCACGAGGAUCCCCGGCGGGUCCGAGGAUGUCCUGCUCGACUUGGCUGUGCGGCAGCUCGUCAAGAUUUACAAGAUGCAGACCAAGUUGCUGGAGGCCGACUCGAAGCUGUGAGAUAGGCAGGGCGUGUAUGACUCUGCCAGUAGGGCUCGGGAUGCAAGGCCAACGUGAUGAGACCGAAAACCUGGCGAUCCGGCGGACCUGCAAUGGGAUAAAGCCAGUCUCGGACUUCUCACCGGAGUUGUGACACAUGUCGAGGCAAGAAAAGCCAAAUAAUGGUUCAAGUAUAGCUGAGGUAGCUUCUAACUGUAUUAUCAAUAUUCUAUUCUAUUCUAGUA